CGCUCACCCUCUUCCCGUGGUGCUCCCCGGCCGCUGCCGCGCGUUUCCCGAGGGCCCGCGGAGUUGCCGGUGCUUCACGAAGUUUUCCCGGAGCCGCGGGAUGUCGGGCGCCGCCCACUGCUCCCUGCAGGCCAAGCGCCUGCUGCUGGACCCCAAGUUCGAGGGAUACAAGCUGUCGCUGGAGCCGCUGGCCUGCUACCAGCUGGGGCUGGACGCGGCUGUAGCGGAAGUGCAGCUUCGUGAUGAUCAGUAUACCCUUGACCACAUGCGUGCUUUUGGCAUGUAUAAUUAUCUUCACCUUGAUUCCUGGUACCAGGAUAAUGUCUACUAUGUUGAUCAGUUUGGAAGGGUUAUGAAUCUGUCAGUGACUCUGGACACUGCUCUGCAAAAGCCAAGAGAAGUUUUCAGGCUACCUACAGACUUGACUGCGUGUGAUAAUCGCCUUUGUGCCUCAAUGCAUUUCCCAUCCUCCACGUGGGUUACCCUUUCUGAUGGUACAGGAAGACUGUAUUUAAUUAAAUCAGGCAAGCGUGGAAGCAGUGCAUCUGAAAAGUGGGAGAUAGUGUUUAAUGAAGAACUAGGAAGUCCAUUUAUUGUAGCACACAGUGUUUCAUUUGUAAAAUCUGAUGCACAUUCAGUAGCUGUGCUGCUGCUUAGGGUAGAAAAAGAUGAACUGGACACAAAAGGAAGUGGAUUUCAUGUUACUUUGGAAUGGGUUACAAUUGCAGAAGGAAAAGAGGGUGAUCACAGGUAUGAAAUCAUUAAAAGGAGAGUUUUGCAAGGAAAAUCAGUCCCCCAUUAUGCAGCAGUAGAGCCAAGUGGAGAUGGUCUAAUGAUUGUUUCACACAAACCAUUCACAUUUAUGCAAAGUGAAUGUGACAAAUUAGAAGAAAAUGAUGAAGCAAAAGUAUCAAAUGAAAAGAAAGACCCUCUCUACUACUGGCAGCAGACAGAAGAUGAUGUGACCAUAACAGUUCACCUGCCUCAAGACAUCACAAGAGAUGACAUAAAAAUACGUUUUUCCCCUGAUAAUAUAUGUGUUACACUAAAAGACCAGCCUCCUUUGAUGGAAGGAAAGCUCUAUUCAUCUGUGGACCACGAAAGCUGCACAUGGAUAAUUAGAGAGGACAAAAGUUUGGAAAUCUCUCUGAUUAAGAAAAAUGAGGGAUGUCGGUGGACAGAGCUAAUAAUUGGUGACACAAGAGGGGAAUUCAUUGUGGACCCCUCCCAAUGCUCUGAAAUAGCUGAAAGUUUGAUGCAUCUUACCUCUGAAGUAAUGAAUCCCAACCCUGAAAAGGAAAAGCCACCUUGUAAUGCUCAAGAGUUAGAAGAAUGUGAUGCUUUUCUUGAAGAUGGUGCAAGCUUGUGCAGAUUUGAUGGUGAAACCUUGAAAAUCACUCAUAUAAUUAAUCUUGGAAGCAACCAGUAUCUUUUCUCAGUGGUUGUGAAUCCCAAAGAAAUGCCAUGCUUCUGCCUGAGACAUGAUGUUGAUGCUCUUCUCUGGCAGCCUCACUCUGACCAACCAGAGAAUAUGUGGGAACACAUUGCAACUUUUAAUGCUUUAGGUUAUGUCCAAGCAUCAAAGCAAGACAAGAAGUUCAUGGCUUGUGCUCCAGAUUACUCCUACGCUGCUCUUUGCGAGUGCUUGCGAAGAGUUUUCAUCUAUCGCCAGCCAACUCCUCUGGCCACAGUUCUCUACAACAGGAAGGAAGGAAGACAAGUAGGACAGGUUGCUAAGCAGCUGGUAGCAACCCUGGAAGCCAAUGAUCCUAUCUUAGGCUUUCAAGCUACAAGUGAGAGAUUAUUUGUUCUCACAACAAAAACAUUGUUUUUAAUAAAGGUGAACUCUGGAAAUUAAUUAUUCAGUGUGCUCUGCUGUAGUUUGUGUUAACAAUUUGUUAUAGAAGUGAAUAGGUUGAUGAUCCGACAAGUUCAGUACAAUUUGCUGAAAAUCAAAAAGGGGAUGUUUUACAGGGGAAUCAAAUUUCUUCAUUAGAAUUUUUCUCUAAGAAAGUGAGUUUUUUGACUUUGCUGCCAUGGAAGUAAGCUUUUUCAGAGCAAUGGGAAAAUGUCUUCUGCAUUAACAUCUUUGUCAAAGUAAUUGUCAGAUGCUGCUAUUGCACAGAGGAAUAGAUUUAUGCAUUGCUUUUUCCAAGUGACUUUAUUUGCUAUACUUCUAAGUUUGGAGAAUUCACUGCUGUUUUUAAAUGCCACUGUUUACCUAUGAAAAAAGUAGAUAAAGAGUUACAAGCAUAUGGUAUGCCAAAUAGAAUGUAUCAUAGAGAAAAAAUCUCCAGUUCAAAUAUGGUUGACCAAAAAACUGAUUUGAUAUUUUGACAUUCGGUAGUUUUGAAUGAAAUGUGAGAGAAAUGAAUGGGGUGUUAUGUUUCUUAUACAGGUAAUAAAAUGAAGCAAGUUUACUGUA